CCCGUCACCAUGGGCAGGAUUAUAUUCUAUGAGGAGAGGAACUUCCAGGGCCGCUCCUAUGAGUGCAGCUCUGACUGCUCUGACAUCCAUAUGCACCUGAACCGCUGCAACUCCUGCAGGGUGGACAGCGGGUGCUUCGUGGUGUAUGACCGCCCCAACUUCAUGGGUAACCAGGUCUUCUUGAGGAGAGGGGAGUACUCCGAUUUUCAGCGCAUGGGCAGCAUGAUGGGAAUGAUGGGCAUGGCAAUGAUGGAUAACAUUCGCUCGUGCCGCAUGGUCCCCAUGCACAGGGGACAGUUCAGGAUGAGGAUCUACGAGAGAGAGAACUUCGGAGGCCUGACACACGAGCUGAUGGAAGACUGCGAGUCCCUCCAGGACCGCUAUCACAUGUCCGACUGCCAGUCCUGCAACGUGAUGGACGGCCACUGGCUGAUGUUCGAGCAGCCCAGCUACAGGGGUCGGAUGAUUUAUGUGAGGCCGGGAGAGUACAGGAGCUUCAGGGAAAUGGGGAUGAUCAACCAGACAAGAAUCAGCUCCAUCAGACGCAUCAUGGAGAUGUGCUGA